AUGUCGUCUUUCGCUGCGCUUAUGGCGCUGAGCGCCACACAAACCCGACAAUCCGAGGCGGCCGUCCAAUCAGCUCUGGUCGAACGUCAGCGCAAAGAGGCGCAGAAACGCAAGGAACAGGAAGCGCGUGAGCGCAAGGAGCGCGAGAUGGAGCACAAGCUGCGACUGAAGCGCUUCGAGGAAGAGAAACGGGAGGAGGCGCGGCGGGGGCGCCUUGAGCAGGAGCGGGUCGCGCGCGAGCGCGAGCUCGCUAAGCGGGAGGAAGAGGAGCGCCAGAGGCUGCGCUACGGCCCGAAGAAGGUUCAGCGCACGGACAGCAAAGGUUAUCCGCUUUCGAGCGCGGGCGUACGGCGGACUCGCGCCUCGGAUGACUCGGACGACGAGGGCGCCAUGGCUUUGACGCGCGAGGAGAAGCGCAAGCGCCGUGUGGAGGCCGAGAUGCGCCAGAGAGUGAGUACACCGCGGCGCGCGACGCAGUCGUCGGGCUAUACCAAGGCGGGAAGACGGCUGCCGGGCGGCGCUGUGGAUAUCAUGACAACGAGCAUGGCGCUGGCUGACUCGAACAGCUCGCUGUCGGUUCGCCAGCGUCUCGCCGCGGCGCCUGCGAUGCUCAUCAAGCUCAACGUAAACAAGCGGGACACCCGUACGAUUGAUGAAAUCCAGAGGGACCUGGAAAAGGCCAAGGCGGCGAAAGUGCUGCAGGGCGACGACGCGCGGGAGUUCAGCGACUGGUUCGGGAAAGGCAAGGUCGCAGCGAAGAAGACGGCCUCGCCAACGGACUCGACAUCUACAUCGCGGGCUAACACACCCGCAGGUAGCCAAAUCGCAGCAUCCAAACUGGCCAGUGGGUCCGCUUCGCCUGCGGCCAAAACGCCUAGCAAUUCCCGACCUUCAGCACCUUCCGCCACAUCGAAAUCCGCCCCGCCCCCACCCCCGCCGCUGCGUCCCACCGCACUUAAGGCGACUCCUGGCAAGAGUACGUCGUUCGGCCAGAAGUCCUCCCCGGCAUUCUUCAAGGCCACUCCCUCCUCAUCUAAACUUGCUACAUCCGCGAGCAAACCAAACCCGAAGAAGCACACGCGCUCUUCUUCAUCUGAAAUAGACUUGCCCGAACCCUCUGCCAAGAGACGUGCUACGUCUGCAGGUCCGAGGUCCAAUGACAUAAGCCAGGAGAUCUGGAAGCUGUUCGGAAAGGACCGUUCGCAGUAUGUCCGCCAAGACAUCGUAAGCGACGACGAGGACAUGGAGGCAGAUGCCCAAGCCCUCGAACGGGAGGAAAAGCGAAGUAUGCGGAUGGCUAAACGCGAAGACGAACUUGCUCUGGAGGAGGAACGACGUCACGAAGAGGAGAAGCGGCGCAGGAGGAAGGAGAAAGAGACUCGGGAGAAGAGAGCCUGGUAG